AAAUCACCGACCUCCAAUCACUGUACUACCUUCGUGCGACACUGCCAAGAAGGGAUCGACCCCCAAACGUAUCCUCAUUCGUACCGCGACAAUUCUCCCCAACAGUCCUCAUCGCAAUGACGAAGUCUGCAACAAUCACAACCAACACAACAAUCCUCACGAAUGCCUCCCCUUCCAUCCACCGCUCCACUCUCACCGACUGCACUCUCUCUAACCUCACUCCGUCAGACUCUAUUACCCGGAGCGUACUCAACGCUGUCACCAUCACUGGGAUCAACAGCAGCGAUCAAAUCAAGCCGGUGACCUCGAACUCGGCGCCUCCCCCGGCACAGCCAACAUCAACCAGCAUCGACCGCUCCAGCUGCUCCACCUGCACGAUCACCCACUCCCACCUCCGUCACUGCACCCUCGCCAACUGCACGCUCGUUAAAGUCUGCUCGAGCAAAUCUGUCCGAGCCGACCAGUGCAGCUUAGAAAACAUCACGUCGCUGCGGAGAUGCACGAUCACCAACUCAACCGUUGGAGGACGGUCGUGGAUGACGCGAUGCGAUGUCCAUGCCUCUGAGAUCGGGGGCGGGAGUGCCCUGCGACGCAGUUCUGUGGCGCGAUGCCGUGUGACAGGGAGUCAGUUGAAGAAGGCGCGGUUAGUGGACUGCGAGGUUAUAGGGUGUAUCGUUGUGAAUACAGACUUGAAGGGCGUGAUCAUUAAGAAUGGGGUCUGGAGGAACGGAAGCUUGGUGGGGAAGGUGGUUGAGAGGGAGAACAUAGUCGUUGUGAGCAGGGACGGGAAUGGAGAUAAGGUCUGUCAGCCCUGGCCCGAACUUUAAGAAUUACAACUGGUGAGGUGGAGAAUGAGAUGGCAUUGAGGAGGCUAACUGGCAUAUCGAUGAUAGAAAAUGCAUGACACUAUCCCCCAGGAGGUGGCUGUGGUUGGAAAAGCAAAGAUGGAAAGAGAAGUGGUUGAAGAUAGUGAGAGCGAUACUGAGGAUGAGCACUGGGACGAAGAUGACCAGAGUCGACAGGGAACGUGUAAGGAAAAAGGGCCCCCGCCUCCUUAUUGGGCUUAAUGAGGUUGCCGAACCAGGAGUUUGGCGAUGAGGUGCCCUGUGAGCUGCAGACCACUCCGUGUGGUUAGGGGCCUCGUGCAGUCGGAACAAUUGAUCUGUUCUCUGCAUCGGUGGCUCGGAUGAGACAAGUGCGCUGCAUGUACUCUUGUUCGCGUAAAACAUUGGCCAUCGCGAGAUCACACU